AAGUGACGAGUCCAUAGCAACGAAUGGUACACGAAAGUUAAAAGUCACAAGUAUAGUCUUUUACAAAGAAAUACAUCAGAUAACCAAUUUUUAGGUUCGUUAUGGAGAAAAAACAGCAACAAACUCAUCCAAAGCGUGUUUUUAUCAACGACGUCGACAGGUAUUCCUCCAAACACAUCGCUAAGGUAACGCUAGCUUAAUGAGUGGCCUCUGACAGUGAAACAGGGGGUUCCUGUUUCAAAGUUAACAGGGUUUUUUGGUGGUUCUUCCAGUUUUUAUCGACGUGUGUAGCAGGACAGAGCGCUGAAGAAGCAGAGGCAGGAGAAACAGACUCCCCUCGAAAUGAACCUGCUUUUAAUAUAGUAGGAACCGUGUCUGCCUCAACCAGAGAAGAAAAACAAAGCUUUCUGCUUAAACAACACGCUGUGAGUACAGUAGAUAAGUGGUAUAAUUUGAAUAUGUGUCCAAUGCUGCAAUUCAGAGGGAUAUAUUGUACAUUUUACUCCAUUACAGCUUAAGGUAGGCUACUUUACAUAAAAAGCAGUAACACACAAAAUACUGUGCAUACCAUAGUUCCAAGUAUGAGGAUUUGCCAUUUGUUCCAAGUAGUUUAAGUUUUAACUGUUGAUUCGGCAAACUAAAGAAGAAAAAUCAGUUUAACAUAAAUAUUUUGUAUCUAAAUAAUGCACUCUGGUUGUGAUUCGUUGUGUGAUCUCCUCUGGUAGUCACCGACUCAGGCUGAACUUCUCCAGUGCCUGCUGGAGUGUGAUGUCCUGGUGUACAACAUUUCAGAAACGAAUUCACAGCAGCAGAUUGAAGAAGCAACAUGGGCUCUCACAGGUAUGGAAGUAAGAAGGCGUUUUAAGCUUUAACUUAAUCCUUGUUCUUUUUCUCUGUGAACUCAAACUUUCUAACUAUUCCUCAAACAGCCCUUCAAGCUGAGAUGGAGAACUUCAGCACUCAGAAAAUAUUCAUUUUAGUCUCCACUGUGAUGACGUGGGCCCUGACCAAGUCACAGAAUCCGGUAUACCCCUCAUAAAUUGUAAUCACGGCAGUACCAAAUGCAAGCAGUAUGAAUUGAACUUCUCUUUUUAGGAUGAAACUGAUGUCCUGCACACAGAGGAGGAGUACAUAAGAAGGAGGCCACAUCCCAGUUUCAGAAACCACCAUAAUUUAGAAAAGCUUGUGCUCAAACUGGCGGGAGGUGUAAGUACAUGAUGUGGAUAAAAAGUUCAAUUCAUGGAGAAGAAAAGUGCGUAUUAGCAUGUCCCCAUUUUUCAACCUUACAGAGAAAGUCCAAACUAAGAGGCUAUGUUGUGGGUUCUGGUCUUCAGUAUGGGAAUGGAGAGAACCUUUUUCACUUCUUUUUCAAGGUGAAUAUUAAAUUGAUUGGAUGCUUGAUUUUACUGUGAUUUACUGUUAUGCCUAAUUGUUUUGCAUAUUUAUCUGUAUUUUGUCUUAAUUAACAGGUGUCUUGGUUGAUGCAAUUCCCAAAAGUUCCUCUAUUUGGACAGGGAACUAAUUACAUCCCCAUGAUUCAUGUACAUGACCUUGCAGGGUGAUUUUAUUUGACCAUUUUUCAUCUUUAUAGCUGUGACUUAACUUAGUUUCUGUUAUUUUUACAAUAAGGUUGAACUUUGGUUCCUUUUUCAGAGUGAUUCAAAACAUCAUUGAAGUCAAACCGAAGCUGAAGUCAAAGUAUAUUCUUGCUGUAGAUGACUCGAAGAACACCAUAGAGGAAAUUGUGAAGGUAAAUGCUUUAUGAACAAGAGAACAGUGUUAAUUUUUUGAGGGUCAAUAUAAAUUAGUUGUAAAACACAAUUGUAUGAUGUUCAAAUGACCAAAAAAAAGCAUAUAUUGAGACUGUUAUUUCACUCCUUCCUUUGUAGAAGAUAAGUGACACACUUGGUCCAGGGAAAUUUAACAUUCUACCUGAAGAGGAGGCCAUCACCAUGAAAGCUUUUACGGUAACCUGUAUCAUUCUUCUCUUUUACCUGAAUGUAGUGUCUUUAUUGCUCAAGAGAAAGCUUCAUUUGGAGACUUUUAUUUGUAUUUAAUUUAUCCAAGAAAGUCUACCAAAGGAUUAAAACUUAAAGAUUAGUGUUAUUCUGAAUUAAAGUAACAGCUGGUCCAGACCUCUUGAUACCCCUGCAAGGUGCCUGUGUCUACCUUGUUUAUCACAAAUCAGAUGACAUUUAGUCUUGCUGUCAAGAUACAACUUAAUUCAAAGUGCUGAAAAUCAUUAAAAUGAGCUAUUCACAAAAAUGCAAGACAAGUUUAAACAAAAUAAAAAUGUAAGUUUUAAAAUAUGGCAGUUUUAAUAAUAGCUACAGUGAAUAUAUGUAAUGUAAGUCUUUGACUUCUAAGUAGUUCGUACAUAAAAGUGGCUGAACUGUUCAGACUGUCUUCAGAUGGAUUACAGGAUGUUGCAUGUCAAUGAAAUGAAAAUUUUUGAUAGCCUUCAGUUUUUUUUCCGGUAUAUAUUUAAUGUAAACCUCUUUGUGUUAAUAACUUUUUGAAUUUUUCCUAAUUUUAGCCUCAAGAAUUAUAUUUCCUGAGUAUCAACCUUCGCCUGGAUGCUUUCAUCAUCAGAGACUCCUUUACUCUAUGCUGGACGUCCAAGGGUGGGAUGAUUGAAAACAUGACAAGCAUUGUGAAGGAGUACAAAGACAGCAGGCAGCUACAUGUAAGUGUUAAGUUAGAUUUUGACACAAAUAUUGUUAUAGUAUGGUGUAUGAGCUCAUUUGAAACCAGAUCAAAACUGCCUUUUCCUCUUUAUUUCUUUAGCCAGUCAGAAUCUGCCUCGUUGGACCACCAGCUGUAGGAAAGACCACUGUUGCAGAGAAGCUCUGCAGCUAUUACCAAAUCAGCCACAUCAAGAUUGAAGAGGUCAUCAAGGGGAAGAUCACACAGCUGGUGAGUUUCUUUUUUCCCCUCUAUGUAACUAAAGGGAACAUACUGCCCUCUAAUGGAAGUUAUUGUCUGAGAGCUGUUCUAUGUUUGAGAUUCUCUUACUGCAGCUGUGAUACAUGAAAUCCACACAAUUGUUGCUAAUUUUCUUUUUUAUUGAUUCAGGAAGAGGUGGUGAAUAAAGCUGACACUGAACAUGACAGUGUGGAGGCGGCAGCCGCUGCACGGAAACAACUGGAAACGUUGAACAAAAGCAUGGAAACAAACGCAGGUUAGAAUAUAUUCCCUUUAUCCCUUUAUUGAUCCCCCAUGGGGGAAAUUUUUUUUUGCCACAGCAGGAACAGGUUCAUUAUAGAGUUACAGUCUUCCACCUUGAGAGCUACAAUGCAGACAUAAUUAGGGGCACUCAAGUAGUUUUGAAGUUCCCGGUGGUUCUCGUUAAAUAUGAAAAGUGAGAAACCUGUCCAGAAAAAAGAUCCUGAGUUUUGUCAAAGGUACAAGUGGAGCCUGCAAUAAAUUCAGCAUGUUUUAAAUUUAGCUUUCAUAACAACCAAGGUUUAAGCAUUGAAUGUUUGUGUCACUCCAUUAGGUCGCCUGGCUGAUCACCUGGUCUUUGACAUUUUGCAAGAAAAGCUAUAUUCAAAACCAUGCAGGAAUCAAGGGUUCGUUCUUGAUGGCUUCCCAAAGACUUAUGAGGAGGCCAGGCUGUUUUUCACUGGUGAGUUUUACUCAAUGAUUCAAUGAUAGUGUAAUGUUUUUAAGUUUUGUUCACUCUAAUGUAAAUGUGGAACUUUUAUUACACAGAGAACCAGGAUUCAAUGAACCAAACACCUGUGUACAACAAGACGAUCACUCCAGGUUACCUUUACUUUAACUUAAAAGCAACAGCGAUGUCAGUUUAGCUGCAUGAAAACACUAAUGACACUAAGAAACACAUGUACCUCCCUCUGUGCAGCAUCUUCCUCACUGCUCUUGUUUAAUGUUUUGCAGAGCAUGUGUUUGCACUGAACGCCUCAGAUGAUUUCCUCACAAGUAGAGUGCAGGGGCUUCCACAGAAUGUGGCAGAGGAAAUGCACUACACCCAGGAGGAGUUUACUGCUCGGCUGGAGAAAUACAGAGAGCUCAGUACUGCUGAGGAUACCCUGCUGGACUACUUUGAUGAGAUUGAUAUUCUUCCUGAGCACAUUGGUAAUUUUCACAGAGCCACUUUGGCUGUAUCAGGGUCAAAGCUGUUGAGAAAACAGAUCAUUGAAGAAUGCAGAAAUGGAACAGUGUUUGAGACUUUUUUUCCAUGCCCACUUUGAUUUUUAUACUUUGAUCCAUAUCCCUGCUGUUGACACAGAGAAAGCUGGCUUUAUGUUCUAUACUACAGCCAGCCAGUAGGGGGAGCUCUAAACAUUAUGUCUUUACUUUGGACUGGUAUCCAAAUGUCUGUUAAUUGUGGUAAAAAAAAAAAAUCACCAGAUGUCACAGCAAGACCAGCUGUUUCCCUUUGUUUUCAGUGAGGGUGCUCACCUAAACUACAUAUACUUCAGUCAGCAGUUUCCACCAGCAUGUGGCAAGUUAGGACAGAAAGUAGUCAUCUCUGCUAGGCUGUAAAUAAUCUCAUACUGAGCUGAGAGUUACUCAUUCACCUGUAUGGUUCUUCCUGCUAAGUAUGAUUCAUUCUUCUCCAGAGGUCACUUCAGGUGAUCCAGAGUACACAGGUCUUUUGAAGAGAAUCACUGAGGCAGUAGGGGCUCCCAAGAACUACGGCAUGAGUCCAGAGGAGCUCGAGAGGGAGGAAAGGAAGAAAGAGGGAGAGAGGAGGCAGAAAGCUGCUGCAGAGGCUGCUGAGAAAAAACGCAGGAAUGAAGCUGCUCUAGCUGAGAUGGCAAUUCAGUAUGAGGAGUGGGUAAGAGAAGUACCAGGCCUGUUUGAGUCAAAAGGAUGUGUACUGAAUACUGAAAUAUGUAAUAAUUUGUAUAUUAUAACAGCACAAGAAUCUGCGUGAGGUGGAGAAACAGGAGCAGGAGCUGCUGGAGGCUCACUGUCUUCCUCUGAGGAACUAUCUGAUGAAGUAUGUGAUGCCCUCGCUCACUGAAGCCAUGCUUGAGUGCAGCAAAGUCAAACCAGAGGAUCCUGUUGACUUUUUGGUAUUUCCACAGUAGAGCUUCUACAGUCAAUUUAGAUACCUUUAUUAUAAAUGAGCGAUACAUAUAUUUAUGUCUUCUGUCUUGUUUCUGCAGGCUGAACAUCUGCUGCGCAACAAUCAAUGAGAACCCAAGGAAGUUGCAACAUGCAUUUUUGCAUGUUUGAAGCAGGAUAUUUUACAUCAGUCAAAGAUAAACCAAAAAUGAGGGGAUGUUUUUCAUUAUUUUAUCUAAAUAACCUAAGUUUAAAACCCAGUUCAGUCCAGUCCAGUGUUAGUUAUUGUUUUUUAGCAUGAUUCAGCUGUUUUAUUAGUCUAAAGGUUAAAAAAUGUCCUGCUCAUCUGCACUUCUUUCCAAAAUGUCAGAAUAAGAAUAAUAAAAAUAAGAAUAACUUUAUUGAUCCCC